AUGACGUACGACUGGAUGAACACGGCAUGGGCCCCCGAGCCGCCCGCCCAGAAGGUUGACUACAGUCUCUCCCCGGCAUUCCACCACAUCCUCCGCCACCUGGGGGUCCGUGAACUGCUGAAUGCUGAGUGCGUCUCCAAGAACUGGAGGGCAGCCAUUCAGUCGGAUGGAGCAGUGUGGCGCGCCCACGCAGAGGGGAGGAUGGACGCCGACGUGAUCGCGGCGACGAGCGAGCUCGUUCACCGUCAGAAAGAGGAGGCAGAGGCCAAGGGCGAGAACAUCAAGGUAGCGCUUUGGCGUACGCUGUGCCGCGAUCACAUCCAUGCGCUUGACACAUGGAAUCGCUCGACACCGAGCCAGCGCCGAGUGGAUCUUCAGGCCACGGCGUACGCCGAGUUGCCCACCGUCGGAGCCAUUGUAGCGCUGGACAGGGACAAGGUCGCUCUGAUGUGCGACAGCUCCCUCAAGACUCUGCACAGUUUCGAGACGUCGUACACCGCCAUCAGGUCGGUGCAGGCUUACUUCAUUGCUCUGCGCUCGAGCAACGGGCUUGGACAGCACCCGCUUCCCCCUCCGACAACUCUGGAGGUGUAUCGCGCUGUCCAGGAGCCUCCUCGGCCUGGCGACAUUCCUGCGCCUGGUGGCCGCCUCGAGCUCGUCCGCAGGCUCGAUGUGGAUGGGAUGUGGGGGUUCAACCUCCACGUCUCGGAGGGUAAGGAGGGCGUGGUCAUCGCCAUGCUCGGUACGCCGGCCCGUCUCGCACAGCGGACUCCAGAUGCGCACUGGCUCGCAGGGCUGGGUCCACUCGAAGUGCACGUCUGGCACCUCGAGGAUGGAACGCGCGACGCCCGCCACAUCGUUUCAGUCCCCGAAGCUGGGCGGAGACAUCAGUCCUUCUGCGUGGCAGGCAAAUUUGUGGUGAUACCCGACGACUUCAAUCUCCACAUCUAUACGAUGGAGGCGUCGCUGGCCGGUAUCAUAAACACCCAUGACCGGCCUUACUCGCAUUCCCUCGGUAACGAGGUUGCCACCCCGAACAUGGCACCAGCUGAGAGGCCGUACACCAAUAUCUGGGAUACGGCUCAUCAGGUGAUUAACUGGGCUGGAAACGCGCCUACCCGCCCCACCAUUGUCGCGACUCGCUCGCAUCUCGUCUAUACCAGCGAGUGCGGGGCCCUGGGCAUCAUCUACGACUACGAAGAGGCCUUCCACAUCCUUUUCAAGAUCCCCGCCUUCCCCGAGCAAAGGCGGAUUCAGGCCGAGGCAGUGAGCGAGUACACUGUCAUGUUCGGGGCUUGGCCCGGCAUAGUCUCUCUCGAGGCGUGUGGCGAGCGCAUCGCGUGCACUACCCGAAACGGUAGCGCAUUCACCUUUGACGCGGCCGACAUCCCCGAGCCGCGGCACGAAUUCACCGAGUAUCCGCUCGAGGAUGUUUUGGCGUGGCGCUCUUGGGUGUUUGACAUGGGCUCGGACUGGCGCCAUCUUCCCAACGCUGACGGGCUGCGUAUUGCGCGUAUCCACAAGCGUGGACUGUCGCUUGUCCCUGGUUCGAUGAUGCGCCACUCCCUUGCGCUCUCUUCCACCGGCAGGAGGGGUCAGCGUUGGUUCGGCAAGACGCUGCUCCUUCGCUGGGGAACGAAUACGAUCGAGAAGUGCUUAGGCAUUCUCUAG